GCUUUGAUCAUCCCUAGACAUCUUCGAACCAUCUACAGCCAUCUAAAUCUACAGACAAAAUGGGUGAAGGCGGCUAUAUUAACCUUGUCAACGGUACGCCGUACAAAUGGAAGCGGAGCCAGCAGAAUAGCUAUCAGAUGGAGGCCUGGAACUUCCCGGAGUCUAUUGAUGCAGGCAAGGUUCCCAGCACAUACGUUGAGUUUGACCACGGCGUUCUCAAGAAGCGUGGGGAUACCAGUGGAUCGGUCACCUACAGCUUGGAGGGUACCAAUGCUACCUUUUCAAUCCAUGUUCGCGAUAAGCCCGCAAACAUCUGGGUUCAGCUUGACGGCCUGGAGGCGUUGAAUAACCCCCGCGGCUCAAAGAUUGAAUUGGGAUGGCAGCACGACGAAUGUGUCACCUUUGUCCUUUCUGGAAAGCAGGGGAACUUUCACUCUUCGAACCCGCCCACGGAUUGGAUGCAGAAGAACAGAAACACCCUUGGACAUCGUCCUUUGUCGCAGAUUUGCAUGUUGGGCACGCACGACUCGGGUAUGUCGACUGUGUCUCACUGCGAUGUGCCUGGUGGUGUCAUUGAUCCAUACGUUUUGUGCCAGUCUGUCUCUGUCCUGGGACAGCUUGCCCAUGGCGCACGAUACUUUGACCUUCGACCUCAGUACUCAGGUGGCCAUUUGUGGACCGGUCACUAUACCGGCAAGGUUGGAGGUCGAGGCGAGUCGAUUUCUGACAUCAUUUCUGCCGUCAACGAAUUCACCAAGAAGAACGGUGAACUCAUCAUCUUGAACUUUUCGCACUCGCUUCAAACCGAUACCGACGAAUGGCGAGAGUUCACCAAGCAGGAAUGGCAUAAUCUCAUGAAAGAGCUUCUCAAAUUGAACCACCUGUUCAUUGUCGAGGACAAGAACAAGGCCAAGAAUCUCACUCAGCUGAAGCUUGACGAUUUUAUUGGCAAUGGCAAGGCAGCUGUUGUCUGCGUCAUGGAGCAGUGGGACCUCGACAUUGGCGACUAUGCGCACAAGGGAUUCUACAAGUACGAAGCGAUGAACGUUCGCAACGAGUAUUCCAACAAAGAUGAUGCUGUCGUCAUGGUUAAUGACCAGCUUGAGAAGAUGAAGGGUCACAUGUCCGCCAAGGAUAAGCGUCUUUUCCUGCUUUCUUGGACACUGACCCAGCAGGCGCCUCAAUGGGAUGGCGAUGUCGUCACUUUCGUCAAGGUGGCGCCAAGGUCUCUGAAGCCGAUUAAGAAACUGGCUUAUACCUGCAACAAAGAGCUCUUCACGCGACUUCUGCCUGAAGUCAGUGAUAAGUCGUUCCCCAACGUUGUAUACAUUGAUUACUUGGAUAAUCAGGAUUAUGCAGCUCUGGUCGUUGCCAUCAACGAUAAAAUCACGCGUCCCGAGACUCCGAGCAAUUUCAGUAAUGAGAGGCGGUUCUUCAACUAUCCUGAGCCUCAGGAGGGACCUCAUGUGCCAUAUGCUAUUGAACGGAAUAGGAAUCCGGUCUUGAGAGGACCUUUUCUCGUUGCUGCUGCAUUUCUGAUGGAAUGGAUUAGGUUUAUUCGCGAGACCGCCUGGGCUAAUGCGGGUUUCGCUUCGCUCCGGAAGAUCCGGACUUAUCUUGAGCAUUGCGAGCCUCGCUACGAUCCAACUGUCGUGCCGAUCGCGCUUUCUGAAGCUGAGGCCAAAGAACGCGGUGAGAGAGUUCAGAUAUCGGCUUUACAACAGUCAAAUGCUUCUCAGACAUUAAACCCGUCGAAAUUCUACUCGGCAGCUGAUUAUCGAGCACUGUAUCUAUCUGGGGAGCUUACCCCGGUUGAUGUUGCCAAGGCGAUUCUGCCUUUGGUUGAAACCGAUGGCCCAACACCUGGCCGACACGCCCAAGGCUGGAGAGAACUCAAUAUCGAGCGUAUCAUGAGAGCCGCUGAAGCUUCAACUGAACGCUAUAAAAACAAGCAACCCCUCGGCCCCCUCGAUGGCGUUCCCUCCGCUAUCAAAGACGACUAUGAUCUAGACGGCUACUCAACAACUCUCGGCUCUCUAAGAGAUUACACCGAAACCCCUAAGGACGGAGAAUCAACUACAAGCUGGAUCGUACGAAAACUCGAAGAAGCAGGUGUUGUCAUCAUGGGCAAACUCGCCAUGCACGAGUUCGGACUAGAUACGACCGGCAACAACCCCAAUCAAGGAACGCCGCGUAAUCCAUUCAAUUCAGGCUAUUAUACCGGCGGAAGCUCAUCUGGUCCUGCAUACGCUGUCAGUUCUGGACUUGUUCCUCUCGCUUUGGGUAGUGAUGGCGGUGGCAGUAUUCGAAUUCCUGGAUCAUUUUGCUCGGUGUUUGGGUUGAAGCCUACGCAUAACAGACUUGCUUCUUGGCCUGGUGCGAAUCACUCACCGACAUGUGCUGUUCAAGGGCCUUUGGCUGUUGAUAUGCAGUCGUUGGCAGCUGCGUACGAAGCCAUCGCUGAACCUCAUCCUUCAACGCAAUUUCCACCCUUGGCUCUUCAACCUUCACCGCCUGUUACCAAAGUCCUCGGUAUCUUUGAUGCAUGGAUUUCACGCGCUACACCAAGUGUUCAGUCGUUGGUUCGUGGGCUUGUUGAAUCUUUGGCUGCUAAGCACGGAUACACUCUUGUCCCGAUUGAAAUUCCUUUCCCUGCUGAGGGUCAGAUGGCGCAUGCACUUACUGUUCUGACUGAUGCUUCGACAUUGCUGUAUGAUACGAAGGGUUUGACGCCUGCUAACAAGAUUCUGCUUGCGCUGGGAAGGACUACGCCCUCAACGGAUUAUUUGCUGGCUCAGAAACUGAGAGGAAUGUUGAUGCAGCAUCUUUCCUAUCUUUGGAAGACAUACCCCGGCAUGCUUAUCAUUACCCCCACUACCGCUUGUGCCGGUGCACCUAUCCGUGGUGGAAAGUCCGAGUUAUCUUAUGGCGUCAAUGACGGAAAUUAUACACUCGAAAGCAUGGAAUACGUCUGGCUCGCUAACUUCUGCGGCCUUCCUGCCAUAACCGUUCCAGCAGGCUAUGUCGUUCCUGAAGGUAGAAAAGACGCUGGCGAAGUUGCUGAUAGAGACACGGAGGGCAAAAUCCCAGUUGGACUCAUGGCUACGGGCGAGUGGUGCAGCGAAGAUGCGCUGUUGCAGUUUGGUUUUGAUGCAGAGGCUGCUGGACAGGAUCUUCGAUGCAAGCCGCCAAUUUGGGAGGAUGUGAUUUCGAGGGCUAAAGAUGAGGCUAAGUUGAGUAGAGGGCCGCGCCAUGGGGGUAGAAAUUGUCGUAUUCCCUGCAUGAACUCCGCACCUUGCUGUCAGCUCACGUGUAGCUCUCAGCAAAGUAAAUCUCAGACUCAGUCAGCAAAAAUGGCAGAGCAGAAGAGCAAAAAGGACGGACCUAUCGGCGUCUCUCAGUACGACAUCCGGGAACUCACCAGCUCGGAGGAAGAUAUCCAACAAGCAUGGAAGCUAUGGCAUGCAAUCUUCCCGGACUGGCCUAUCGAUCAAGAUCGGUUCCCAGGGCUUCUGGUUGGAAUAAAGGGUCAGCAUUGGAUUCACGAGCAUGGCUUUUGCCUAUCCUACUAUUCUAAAAGUGGAAGCCUCGGGCAUGUCGCAGCCAUCGGUGUUCUACCUGAGUACCGUUGUCAAGGUCUCGGUAAUGCACUUCUCGAGAAAGGAAAGACGGGUUUGAAAGAUGCGGCCAAGAAGGCAGGUCAGAAAUUGAACUCUCUAGCGAUGGGGUCCAUCUUUCCAAGAUUCUGGUACCAAGUGCCAGCUAGUAUUUCACUUGAGGCGAAACAAUUCCUUACUUAUAGAGGCAAUUAUACUGAAACCAUAACUACUCGUGAUCUCUACAAGGACAUAGAAGGGGAAAUUGCACCACCGGAAGUAAUGGAGCGUGUCUCAAAGACAAGCAUCAAGUUCACUCCUUGGUCGCCAGAACUGUACGAAGAAUGUAUGACCAAACAAAAUGAGCUAUUCACCUGGGGCGGCAUCUACGAAGCCCUCGCAGCUCGAGGCCAACAUCACGAAGUAAUGGUCGCCAUUGACCCGGAUACCAACAAACAAAUUGGCUGGACUCUCAUGUGCUCUUUCGGAUCUUCAGCCGGCGAUGUCUUUGCAUUUCUUCCUCUCCUUCCUUCUGGAGAAAAGACUGGUCUCAUUGCUGCGGUUGGAGUGGAUGAGGCAGCAAGAGGGAAAGGUGUUGGAUUGGCACUUGUUGUCAAAGCGAUGGAGAAUCUGAAAGAGAGGGGUAUGCAGGGAAUUCUAAUUGAUGCUGUUGCUAUACGGGGGUUCUAUGAGAAACUGGGCUUUGAAGCGCGAUGGGAGUACGAGGCGUGUAGUUUUGAUACGGCUGUGUCAGAUGCUGAGACCUGA